UAAAUGAACCCAUCACUCAAACCACAAGCCGCGGAGUCCCCGCCCCCUCCCUAUCCCUGCGCAUGCGCAGAGCAGCGCAGGGAUAGGGAGCUGUCCAGUGUCAGUCGGUGCUGGAGUGUCCUCGCCGAAGCAGCAUCUUCUUCUCCUUCCUCCUCGUCCUCCUCUUCUUCCUCCUCCCUCCGGUCCGCCGACGCGAUGGAGGAAGAGUUGAAGUGUCCCGUGUGCGGCUCCCUCUUCCGGGAGCCCGUCCUGCUGCCGUGCUCCCACAACGUGUGCCUGGCCUGCGCCCGCAACAUCACCGUGCAGACGCCGGAGGGCGAGACCCCGGCGCAGAGCCGCGCGUCCGGCAGCUCCGACUACGACUACCUGGACAUGGACAAGAUGAGUCUGUACAGCGAGACGGACAGCGGCUACGGCUCGUACACGCCGUGCACGCUCAAGUCGCCGAACGGCGUGCGCGUGUUCCCGCCGUCGGCGGCCGCGCACCGCCACUGCUCCCUCACCUGCCCGCUGUGCCACCGGAGCGUCUCGCUGGACGAGCGGGGGCUGCGGGGCUUCCCCCGCAACCGGCUCCUGGAGGCCAUCGUGGCGCGGUACCAGCAGAACCGCGCCGCCGCCGCCGCCGCCGCCGCCUCCUCCUCCUCCGCGGCGGUGAAGUGCCAGCUGUGCGACCGCAACCCGGCGGACGCGGCGGUGAUGUGCGAGCAGUGCGACGUGUUCUACUGCAGCGCCUGCCAGCAGCGGUGCCACCCGUCCCGCGGUCCGCUCGCCAAGCACCGCCUGGUGCCGCCGGUGAAGAAGGCGGCGGGCGGGGGCGCCCCCAGCGGACCCGGGGGCGGCGGCGGCGGCGGCGCUGCUCAGCAGCCGCCCGCCACCGCGCGGAAGCCGGCGACCUGCCUGGACCACGAGGCGGAGAACUUCAGCAUGUACUGCUGCGGCUGCAGAGCUCCGGUGUGCGUCAAGUGUCUGGAGGAGGGGAAGCACGCCAAGCACGACGUGAAGGCGCUGCCGCUGAUGUGGAAGCAACACAAGUGCCAGCUCUCCCAGGCCCUGAACGGCGUCUCCGACAAAGCUAAGGACGCCAAGGAGUUCCUGGUUCAGCUCAAGAACAUGCUUCAGCAGAUACAGGAGAGCGGCGUGGAGUUCGAAGCGUGCCUCGUGGCUCAGUGCGACUCCCUGAUCGAGGCGCUGACCAGGCAGAAAGCCAAAAUGCUCACCAAGGUCACCAAGGAGAAGGAGUACAAGCUGAAGGUGGUGCGUGACCAGAUCACCCACUGCACCAUGAAGCUGCGUCAGACCACAGGGAUGAUGGAGUACUGUCUGGAAGUCCUCAAAGAGAACGAUCCCAGUGGAUUCCUCCAGAUCUCAGACGCCCUGAUCAAGCGGGUGACGUCGUCUCAGGACCAGUGGGUAAAAGGCGCCUUGGAGCCGAAAGUGGGCCCCGAGUUUGACCUCACCCUCAACACCGACGCGCUGCUGCAGACCAUCCUGCUGCUCGACUUCUGCCAGGGCAAAGAUGUGCAGGAGAAUCCAUUAUUGAAACAAUUGCAGGCGGCAGACAGUGGUGAGGCUGAGAUGGAGACAGAGAGCCCAGGAGCGGAGUCCGGACCGUCUGUGCCGCCGGCCCCUCUCCUGCAGCUGGAGAAGUGCUGCACCAGGAACAACAGCGCCACCUUGGCCUGGAGAGUGGCGGCGCCCGCCGGCAGCCCCAUCGAGGGCUACAUCCUGGAGUUGGACGACGGCAACGGCGGACAGUACAGGGAGGUGUACGUGGGGAAGGAGACUGUGUGCACUGUGGACGGCCUCCAUUUUAACAGCUCCUACAACGCCAGGGUGAAGGCCUACAGUGCCAUCGGUGUGGGGCCGUACAGCAAGACGGUGGUUCUCAAGACCUCUGACGUGGCGUGGUUCACCUUUGACCCCAGCUCGGCCCACCGGGACAUCGUUCUGUCCAACGAAAACCAGACGGUCUCCUGCAACAGCUACGACGACCGCGUGGUGCUGGGGACCGCUGCGUUCUCCAAGGGCACCCACUACUGGGAGGUGAGCGUCGACCGCUACGACAACCACCCGGACCCGGCGUUCGGCGUGGCGAGGAUCAACACCAUGAAAGACAUGAUGCUGGGGAAGGACGACAAGGCGUGGGCCAUGUACGUGGACAACAACCGCUCCUGGUUCAUGCACAACAACUCGCACACCAACAGGGCGGAGGGAGGCAUCUCCAAGGGCUCGACCGUGGGCGUCCUGCUGGACCUGAGCAAACACACUCUGACCUUCUUCGUCAACAAGGUGCAGCAUGGACCGACCGCCUUCGCCAACCUGGAGGGGGUCUUCGUGCCGGCGGUCAGCCUCAACAGAAACGUACAGGUGACCUUACUGACGGGCCUGGAGGUGCCAAAGAAUACCAAACAGUAGGAGCUCCUCCUCCUCCUCCUCCUCCUCCUCCUCCUCCUCCUCCUCCUCCAGGUCCGUGCUCUGGAUGCAAAACACACACCGAGUCAAACACGCAACCUCGGUUUCGCGCCUACGUGGAUCUCUUCCCCUCCAAUGUCAGACGGGAUUUAACUUGUCAAUGUGCCCCGUUGUCUUGGGAUGAAGAAGGAAGUUGUCAUUGGCUCGUAAAUAGGAUACGCUACAAUACGAUUGGACUGUGGAUUGCCAUACGCCUUUUUUUUUUCUUCUUCUUCUUCUUCUUCACAUAUCCAAUUGGCUUUGCCCUGUGACCUCCAGGAUACCGACAACACUCCAGUAAAUUUCAACGAGAAGGAAAAACGAGAGCCUGAAGUCACGCCCCGAGGCCUGAGACCAAAUCACCGGUUAAUACCGACUUCUACACUGUGCAGUAAAACAAAUCAUUUUGUACUGACAAAGGGGGUUAUGACAGAUAUACAAUCAGAGAGUUACACCACCAAUUAAAAAAGGGGAAAAGAGGGUCUCCGGCAACAAGGUG